CGCCGAAGUGUGCCAAAAAAAGCAUGCUAUGGAAAUGGAAUCAGCCCAUUGAAGCGUACAGAGAGAGCGGGAGAGAACCCAGUUCGGAAAUGUAUCAAGAUCACACGAAGUCAGCGAAAAUUCCGGCGAACAGGUAUAUAGAGAAUCAACUGUCAGUCACGAACAUCUACGAUUUCACCUGGUCAGCGUUAUAAAAUCGGUUGUGCACAGCAAAUGCCCAGCCACAAGACAGUUUCACUUGGAGCACCCACCUACCUAUCGAUGAUGCCGGCAAAGAUACGGACGUCCAGCCUCUGCGGCUAUACAAUGGCUCUUCUACUCGUUUGGCUGGCGGUCAUUAUUCAUCUGCAGCUGGCCAGUGCUGGUCCUGGCAAUGCAGUUACAACUAUGGCAGCGCCAUCCACUGUGGCCACCACUUCCUUGCCGACUAGCCGGCGAGUCAAUCCCCUGACGGAGUCGAAGCUGGAGAAGAAUUGCAGGGCCCUGUGCGAGCAUUGCGGCUGCUUGGGCUUCUACUGUGGCGAGGAGUGCCUGUGCGAGUGCAAUGACGACAACUCGGACACGGAGUGCAUCCGCACCAUGCAGACUAAUGCCAAGACGCUGGACAUGCCCUUCGAGAUCGUUAUUCAGGGACCGAGCAGCAAUCGCUUUGUCCGGAAUGCCCAGCAGUUUGAGCAGAAGCGGGAAUUGGUGGCCAGGAGUGCCUCUCCAUCCGGUAAAGCACCUCGGAACCGCCGCUCCAACAUUACCAUCUAUAAGCCCACAAGCCAGAAAGUGUCAGGCCAAUUCGCGGCCAAUGCUUUAGAGACGGAGUCGAAGGAGGUGGAUUUGACAAGGCGACACAAGCGGUCCGUGGAUCACCUGGAAUGGUUCAAUGACUUUGCCGGCUCUCUGGUUCGCCCCUCCCCGCUGGGCACUCGUGCGCAAAAGUCCAAGCCGUCGGGUUUUAAGCGCCAGGCGGUUGAGGAAGAGCCUGCUCCGCUGAUAGGCCGUCAGCCGUGGUUCCUGGAACACAGCCCUCCGCGUCUGACACGCCCUGCUCCGUUGAACAAGGCUCAGGGUUUCCGGAAGAACAAGAAGGCCAGCUCUCGCAGGAUCGUCAAAAGUAAGCCAGCCGAAAAGGAAAAGUUGCGUCGAGAGCCAGAGCGUGAGAUUCGGCCGCUGCGGGAUGCUCUGCAAGUGGUUGAGCGCAUUCCUCGAGUCCUGCAGGAUACAGUGAGCCACCUGUCGUCCGAUCCCCGCAGCGGCGACGUGUUCAGCCUGAACAUCAGGAACGAGGCCAAGAGCCUCGAGGAAGAUGAGGAGGAGGAAAAGGAGAAGGUACCCCGCAGGUCAAAUGCCAAAUUCCGUGACAUGCGGCGUAAUGAGAUCGUUCCGGAGGCCGUUACCCUGGCUGCUCCAAUGGCCCCAGCUCCAGCUAUCCUACCUGCCCAGCGGGUUGGUCUGCUGCCCUGGCUGCGUCAGCAGCGGCUGAAGCGUCUGCAGCAGGCAAGGGUCAAUUUUUAGAGGAGCCCUAAGGUCUAAAGCAAUACCUUUUCAUAAUAUCUAUUUUUGUCGUCACUUUUUGUUGUAUAUUUUUAAGGAAUCUUUGAAUUUUA